ACCUCAGUCCCUCCUCGGUUACUUAUUAUCGCCGCCUGCUCUCUCCACAGUCAUUUCACAGCGAGAGAGGACCGCGGCAGCCCGUCCGGGGGAGGAACAUGAGACACGUUUGACUCGAGAAAAAAAGACUCAUGGAAAUAGUGGAAUUACUCUGAAUGUUUUUACUUCGAGAUCUAGAACAACAUUUCGUUAUGAUGAGAGCGUGAGCUGGUUCACAGCUGAUUUAUUUAAAUACUUUCAAAAUAAGAAAGAGCACAACAGGUCUUUUGAGAAGAUAACAACGUACACAAAGCAUUAUGUCGUCCACUGAAGAGCCGUCUGGCACGGUCCUGCACCGGCUCAUCCAGGAGCAGCUGCGCUAUGGAAACCCCACAGACACCCGCACCUUAUUAGCCAUCCAGCAGCAGGCCCUGCGUGGAGGCAGUGGAAGCAACAGUGGACCCAGCAGUGGAGGCGACAUGGGCAGGAGCCCACGAUCCUCUCUGGAGAGUCUCACCCAGGAGGACCCUCCAUUCCCUCAGCUCUCUGCGAGGCAGGAGCCCCAGGGCCAGGAGCACCACAGCGACUACCACCACUCAGAGAGUGGCUACCAAGUCUACCAGCUACAUGGGGAGGAGCUGCCAACUUAUGAGCAGGCCAAGGUGCACUCUCAGUAUCUGGCCUCUCACAUGCUCCUGCAUGAGGGGGCCUUCCACGAAGAGGCAGAUUUGAUGGACCUGAAGUGCAGCCAUGUGCGGUCACUCAGUGAGCAUUGCAUGCAGAUAUCUCUGGAGAGGAAUGAUGCAGCUGCUAAAGCAGAGGCCAUCAAGAGCACAUCUCACAGCUAUCCUGAACUUCCAUACUACGCACCGCAAGUCCUCCAGAGCACGAGGCAGAGCCUGGACAAGCGCAGCCCACCUCCAGAGUACUCAGCCCCCAUCCAGGGCCAAGGAUUUAUCCCUCAUCAGAUCCAGGAGCCGGUGCAGGCACAGCAGCACAGGUAUGUCCAGUCGGCUGAAGUCCCCUGCACAUUCACCACCCUGCCUUCUGUUGGCUUGGAGGAACCUAACCAGGUGGAGCUGCUGCUGAUGGAGAAUGAGAGGCUGAGGCAAGAGCUGGAAGCACACAGGGAGAAGACUGGCCGUAUUCAGAAGUUGGAGCAGGAGAUCCAGCGCAUUUCGGAGGCAUAUGAGACACUGAUGCAGGGCAGCUCUAAGAGGGAAAAUCUGGAGCAGACACUGAGGAAGAGGCUAGUGGCUGAGAUCAGGAGGCUACAGGAUUUUAACAGAGACCUAAGAGAAAACUUGGAAAAUGCCAGAACGCAUGUUGCAAAAGAAGUAGAAGUAGCCGACCAUAACCAGCACAUCAUGGCCAAACUCCUUGAACAAAAUGAGGAGCAGAACUUUGAGCGGGAGCGCGUGGAGCGGGAGCUGGAGCGAUUACGUUCCACGGCGGAGGAGCAGAGCCAGAGGGCAAAGCGACUCGAGGAGGCCCUGGAUGCAGCUCGUGGACGAGGUCGCCAGCUUGAGGAGGAGUUGAGGAGGAAGAGGGCUUAUGUGGAGAAGGUGGAGAGACUUCAGAGUGCGCUGGCUCAGCUACAGUCCACCUGUGAGAAGAGGGAGAGCCUGGAGAUGAAGCUGAGGACACGACUAGAGCAGGAGCUGAGGAGUUUGAGGGCCCAACAGAGGCAGUCACAGCCACCAGGAGUGACCAUGAGCUCCCUCCAAGAGCGUCUGCAUGAGCGCGAAGAGCGAAUCCUGGCCCUCGAGGCCGACAUGGUGCGCUGGGAGCAGAAGUACCUGGAAGAGAGCACCAUGAGGCAGUUUGCAAUGGAGGUGGCUGCCACUGCCGCUGCCCAGAGAGACACCACCAUCAUUAACCACUCGCCUUGCCACUCCUCUAACAACAGUUUCAACGACGACCUGCCAGUUGCCGACUACAGGAAUCAGGAGAUGGAGAACAGGAUCCGUGCUCUUUACGCUCAGAUUUUGGAAAAGGACGCUGUGAUCAAGAUCCUCAACCAGCGGCUGCAUCAGGACCAAGGACGGAAGGACGAGCAAAGUCCCUGCACAAACCUCCUGAAUACAGCGGGGGCACUUCUCCGGCCCGCCUCCUCCACCCCAUCCAUCAGCACCACCAUGAGCAACACAAGGAGUAGAGGUAAGAGUCUUUCAGAUGAUCAGACUUUGCCAAGCCAUCAGUUCUCUGCUCAGUCUCAACCUGGAACGCUAGAACGGCAGGUGGAGGGAACAAAAGCCAAAGAGGCUGUCAGCAAAACUAAGCUCAACAGUGACAAGGCGCCUAAGAAGUUGCUAUUAAACCCCUUCAGGGGCCUGGAUGAGCUGGAGUCAGAGGCAGUGGAAAUCUUCAUUUAAAGAACAGAGAGGUUGAUUUUGAAUGGGGUGGGGGGCAAUUCGGGGAAUCUGUGAAGAGUGCAAGUCUUUGAAUAGAGAGUGGAUUAAAUUUUGGAUGCAAGAAUGUCGUGGAAAGAGGCCAACGCACAAAAAAAAGGACUGUUUUCACAUUUUUAGAGACAGAGCUGUGCUCCGACUCACUCCCUCUCACUGAGCUGGACAGCUGCAGGCAGUCUGCCCGGCUGGGAGAUAAAAGAUGAAUCUUCUGAGGUACUCGGACAGUAUUGUGGAUUGUAAUUGGGCAACAUGUUCACAGAGUGUGUAUGCCAAAAUAUUUAUAUAAAAAAUAUAUAUAUAUAAAAUUGCUGCUUCCCCCCCCUUUUUAUUACCCCCCCCCAAUUUUUCUCCUCUACCAACCCAGUGAAUUAGGAAGCUACAUAUUUAUCUUAUCUGGUUUCCACAUUCCCUUUAAAUAAUGACUUCAGACUCAUGCUCUUCUAGGUAAAUAGUCAAUAAAAGGUUAUCUAUGUGACCUCCAUUCCCCUUCUCUCCUAAAGAACAUGUCCGAUCAUGUGGUUCUUAUCUGUUCUUAUCAAAUAACUUCUCUUUGUUCAAUAAUUUAAACUUAUAACACAUGAAACACUGCUGAUUUAAAUGCUCUCGCUGUCCAUGUUGCUGACGCCCGAGUAGCUGGUUCUGCAACGGUACAGCGGUGUGUGAACAGUGAGAUGCAUAAUAUAUAAAAGACAAACUGACAUAGUCGUGGUGUUGUUUGUGAUUUUGGAAGGGUCUUGCAUCAUGGUGUUGAUUUCAUCAUAUGUUUUUCUGAUGACUUUUUCCUUCUCAAAGUAUGUUUGCAUGUGUGAUUACAGUAUGUGAGUGUGUUUCCUGAUGUGGUGAUUCUGCUGGUUUGGUCACCAUUGUGGGAGAAAAGUUGAAAACUACACCAUGUUGGUUUUUUGUUUACUGUGAGCUUUGAACUAACAAACAGGUUAAUUAUUAUUAUUAUUAUUAUAUAUAUAUUUUAUACAGAUGUUUGUCUUGUUAUUUUAGAUAUGAUAGUGCUUUGAGCAGGAUGCCAAAGAGUUUUAUGUAUGUUUGUUGUAAGUUAUGUGCCGACAAUCACGGUCAUGUCAAGCUGUACACAACCAACCAAGUGUUGACUUUAAACAGACAUUUCUGUGAACUUCAAACAAUAUGAAGGUUAUUACAGUUGAAUUCAUGCAACAUUUCAUAAAGCAAUAAAAUAUUCUAAUAUACUUUGA